AUGGAGGAGGAACACCUUCAGUACCUUGGACGGGUGUUGGAUGCUUUGCAAAAAAAUGAGUUGUACAUCAACCUUAAGAAGUGCAGCUUUAUGACAGAGAGGAUUCUAUUUCUUGGCUAUAUUGUUAGCACGAAAGGAAUUCAUGUUGAUGACAGAAAGAUUGAGGCCAUUCGAAAUUGGCCUAGUCCCAAGAACGUCACUGAAGUUUGUAGUUUCCAUGGUCUUGCUACCUUCUAUAUGUGGUUCAUCAAGAAUUUUAGCAGCAUCGUCGCACCUAUCACAGACUGUUUGAAGAAGGAGAAAGUUCGUCAAUUUGUGUGGAUUGAAGCUGCAAAUAGAAGUUUUGAAGAGAUUAAAGAUAAGCUUACUUCCGCCCCUAUUAUUGAAGCUGCAAAUAGAAGUUUUGAAGAGAUUAAAGAUAAGCUUACUUCCGCCCCUAUUCUUGCUUUACCUGAUUUUGAUAAAUUGUUUGAGGUUGAUUGUGAUGCUUGUAGGAUUGGAAUUGGUGGUGUGCUGUCACAAUCCAGAAAACCUAUAGCAUUUUUUAGUGAAAAACUGAAUGAAGCUAGGCAGAAAUGGUCUACCUAUGGGUAA